GCGCAUUGUCAGCUAAAGCUUUCGGUGAACAGUGAGCAUGCGUACCACAUCUGAAGUUCGUAAAUUGAAAUUGAACAUGCGUAAUUAAUCUUUCUGAAUAGGAAAAAAAAAUACACAACAAAACUCUCCUUUUAUGGAACAUGCGCAUUAGUUCUCAAUAGCUUUUUCGUGUUGAAAGUGAGCAUGCGCAUGGUGAGUAGGUUGGUCUGAAAUUUCAGCAGGAUAGAAGCGUCUGGUCGGCGUUUGGUGGUUGUUCACUUUUUUGAGAUAAUACACCUAGUUUGUGGUUCAGCAUGUCAAUUGUAACAGUGCAACUUGGUCAAUGUGGCAAUCAAAUUGGUUUUGAAGUUUUUGAUGCUUUGCUUAGGGACUCACACAGUUCCCAGGGACUCUGCUCUAAGAGAGAAAAUGAGGCAUAUCAAACAUCUUGCAAAGAAAGAUUCUUCAGUGAGGAGGAGAAUGGAGUUCCCAUUGCCCGGGCUGUUCUUGUUGACAUGGAACCCAAAGUUAUCAAUCAAACGCUGUCAAAGGCUGCCCAAUCUGGCCAAUGGAAAUAUGGUAAACAUGCAUGCUUCUGUCAAAAACAAGGUUCUGGAAACAACUGGGCAUAUGGUUACUCUGUUCAUGGACCCAGGCAUGAAGAAUCUAUAAUGAACCUAAUCCAGAAGGAAGUGGAGAAAUGUGACUCUUUCAGUGGUUUUUUCAUCAUAAUGAGCAUGGCUGGGGGCACAGGAUCAGGGUUAGGAGCUUUCGUUACACAGAAUUUACAAGAUCAAUAUCCAAACUCAUUGAAAAUGAAUCAGAUUAUUUGGCCUUAUGGAACUGGUGAGGUAUGGACAUAUACAAUAUGUAAAAAUCUUUUUUUUUUCUUUACAGGAGACUUAAUGGAGCAUUUAGUUGCCCAUCCUGAAUUCAAGAUGCUGAGUGUUCGUAACAUUCCUCACAUGUCUGAGAACUCACUGGCAUACAGCACAUUUACCUGGGCUGGCCUCCUCAAGCACUUGAGACAGAUGCUCAUUUCUAAUGCAAAGAUGGAAGAAGGAAUUGAUUGGCAAGUACGGCCUCCUUUAUCAGGACUCCCUCCUCUUGGUAAAAUGUCUCUCAGCAAAGACCUGCAUUUUAACACUUCCAUUGCUAACUUGGUCAUUCUUCGUGGGAAAGAUGUGCAAAGUGCAGAUGUGGAGGGAUUUAAAGAUCCAGCUCUCUACACUUCCUGGUUAGAGCCUGUUAAUGCUUUCAACGUGUGGAAAACCCAGCGGGCCUUUAGCAAAUAUGAGAAGUCUGCAGUGUUGGUCAGCAAUAGCCAGUUCUUAGUAAAACCACUUGAUAUGAUUGUGAAGAAGGCAUGGAAUAUGUUUGCCUCAAAAGCCUACAUUCAUCAGUACACAAAAUUUGGAAUCGAAGAAGAGGACUUUUUAGAUAGUUUCACGUUGUUAGAGCAGGUUAUUGCCAGUUACUGUAACCUCUGAUCUGGAACAAUGGGAAAAGUACCUUAAGGCAUUUUCGGACUAAAAUAUUUUCAGUACUAUUUUCUCUGUAAAGUUUUCAAAGUUCCAUUCUGUUAAAGUAACCAGGUAGAAUGCUAAGUCUAUUCUGUAUACGAUGCCCACAGAAAGGAAGACAACUUUUUAAGUGGAGAAUAGCAUGUUUUCAAUGAAAACGUCCACUUGGUAUUUCAUUUGUAAGAAAAAAAUGGUGCUUUAUUCUUUAUUAUUUUAUUUUUCUUUUUUUACACUCCAUUGUAUAUACUACCAUGAAAAAUGGUGCUUUAUUAAAGAACUUUGGGAAAACACUUCACCGAGAUGUUGGGACUCUGGAACUAGCCAAGAAAAUAGAAUAUUCUAUUUGUCUACAUGUUCCUAAAUCUUACCUCUUUACUCCAAAAAUAACUCACAAAGCCUGAACCAAACUGUCACAGCAUCAUUUCAAGCUAAGGAAUUAUAAUUCUGUACUUAACAUAUUCAUGCUUGAAAUGAAUGCUUUGAGCCACAAGAGGGAGAUGUUGUCAAAUCCUACAGUGUGACCAUGUAUUUUGAGUAUUCUGUAACGGUAAGAGUUUCUAUUCUAACCAGAUAUUUAAAAAUAAAUGUGAGGGC